GGUGGAUCUUGCCUUUUAAUUGUUGUUUUCUGCAGAGUCAUACAUACUUUAAAUAUACCAUUUAAUAAUGUUUGUUUUCUUUUUUAAUCAAAUUUGUUUAGCGUUUUUAUUUGUAAUAGUAAGAGUACUAGCGUCUCCAAACCCAGGAAAUGUGUUGGAAUUAACGGAAUCAAAUUUUUCGAAAAUUGUUGACGUUACAGAAGGCGGUGUACUUGUUCAAUUUUACGCACCGUGGUGUCAUCAUUGUAAAGAGUUUUUACCCGAAUUUGAGAGUGCAGCAAAAACUUUAGGUGUCCUUAACUCAACAGUGUUGUUAGCUAAAAUCGAUGCUACGAAAGAAGCCAAAUUAUCCUCACGUUAUGAUAUUAAAGGGUAUCCUACAUUAAAAUACUUCAAGAAAAAUUCACAUCAAGAUUACAAAGGUGACAGAUCCGCCAUUGGAAUUGUUAACUGGGUGAAGCAGAUAACCGGACCUUGUGUAACUCAUGCUGAAACGAAAGAAAAAGCAACGCAACUUGCUGUAAACCAAACUGUUUCGUUUAUUGCUCGUGUUUCUUCGAAUAGUUCAGAAAAACUAAAAAUAUUCACUGAGUAUGCAGAUGCGCACCGCAAUUCAGCGACCUUUAUUGCUUACGUUGACCCCCAAAUUAAAAGUAACGAAGAAACCGUUACGGUUGUAAGUGAUAAUACAGAGGGUGAAACUCAUAUUUUGAGUACAAAAGACUUGCUUGAAGCUUUUUGCAAAAGAGAGUCGUUGCCGCUUUUUGGACCCAUUAAUGCUCGAAAUUUCGAAUCAUAUUACGCUAGUGGUUUAAGUUUGCUUUGGUUUGUUGGUUCCAAAGAAGAUUAUUUACAGGCAUCCAGUGUCAUAAAGGAAUCAGCUAAGGAAUUACGGGAAAAGUAUAGUUUCUUAUGGCUUAGUACAACGGACUUCCCGGGUCAUGCACAGUCUGCAUUAGGUGUUGCGAAAUACCCUGCUUUAGUAGCACAAGUUAAAGAAGAUAAAUUUGUUUAUCCAAAGAAUGAAUUCACAAACAGUACUGACGUCACCGCUUUCAUUCGAUCUGUGGAAAAAGGAGAAGUUGAAAAAUUUUUGUUAUCUGAGGAAAUUCCAGAAGUAAAUGAAGGACCGGUUUAUGUUGUUGUUGGGAAAAAUUUCAACAAAAUGGUUAUAAGACCCGACAAAGAUGUUUUCCUAAUGGUGUACGCUCCAUGGUGUGGCCAUUGUAAAAAUUUUGCUCCGAUUUAUAAUGAAUUUGCUAAGAAAAUGAAAAAUCAAUCUAAUUUAGUUGUGGCGAAGAUUGAUGGUUCUAGCAACGAGUCACCGAAUCCUGAUUUUGUAUGGGGGGGAUAUCCUACAGUCUUUUUCAUUAAGGCAGGAAGUAAAACUCCAAUUAUUUAUAGUGAAAAAAGAUCCGUUGAAGGUCUUCAAGCUUUUUUGGCAAAGCAUGGGUCAAAACCUAUUCUAGCUGAUAGUGCAACUUCUGAUGAACUUUAAACCAAGCAACGCUAACACAACAGAAGAAAUUAUUUGGUUCUUUUAAUUUUUCAAGUAUAAUUUAUAAAAUGCUUUUUUUUUUACCACACAAUAACUAUGCUAAAAAAACAAUUUUUUACGGGGUAGUAACGUAGUGUAUUUCAUAAAAACGAAUUCUAUUAAGCUAAA